AUGAGUUGUCGAUCAGAACAUAUAUGGAUAGAACCUAUAACGGGGGCUCGAAAAACAAGUAAUUUCUGCUGGGCUGUUAUCCUUUUUUUAGGUUCAUUAGGAUUCUUGUUGGUUGGAACCUCGAGUUAUCUUGGUAGAAAUUUGAUAUCUUUAUUUCCGUCUCAGGAAAUAGUUUUUUUUCCACAAGGAAUUGUGAUGUCUUUCUACGGAAUCGCGGGUCUUUUUAUUAGCUCCUAUUUAUGGUGCACAAUUUCGUGGAAUGUAGGUAGUGGUUAUGAUCGAUUUGAUAGAAAAGACGGAAUAGUGUGUAUCUUUCGUUGGGGAUUUCCUGGAAAAAAUCGUCGGGUCUUCCUCCAAUUUCUUAUAAAAGAUAUUCAGUCUGUCAGAAUAGAAGUGAAAGAAGGUAUUUAUGCUCGUCGUGUCCUUUAUAUGGAUAUCAGAGGCCAGGGAGCCAUUCCAUUGACUCGUACUGAUGAGAAUUUUACUCCACGGGAAAUGGAACAAAAAGCUGCUGAAUUGGCCUAUUUCUUGCGUGUACCAAUUGAAGUAUUUUAA